CAAAUGGACAGACAGGUGAUCAUCCAUUUGGCGUAAUUUACAAACAAGACUUAGUGACAAGAGAGAGAUUUGGACAAUGGAGUGAGAUUAGUUAGGUAAUUGCUUCUAAGGUAACUAACCAUAAUUAUAAUCCUUAAUUUAUACUCAAAAGUUCACAUGGACAAAUCCAUUUUGGAGUUUUAGAGUUUGCAUAUCUAAGCUUACCUUCACCACCAUGUGAGGUUAGGACAUGAGAAGAGAGCUUACCAUGGCUUGCUUUGACAAGGCGUCACCGGCACUGAAGGAGAUUCUGCUCAAGUUGUAUCGUGCUGAAAAGCAUGUGGAGAUUGAUCAUCACUUGUAUGAAUUUGGGUCUGUAGAGUACCACAUUCAGUCUCCAGCAGCAGAUUUAAAUCAUAAUUACCUGUCGAUAUCCACUCCAUUGCUUUCCCAAGGAGUUCUGCAAUCAUAUGGGUUCUCACGAUACACUCUACAGAUGAUAAAGGAACUUUGCUCUGAUGCUAUAGAAAUUGUUGAUCCACCAAGAGAAGGAUACCAGCUCACUCUAAAAAUUGACUUUUCCAAGAUUCCAAGGGAAAAAGACCCUGAAAAGGUGAUGACACAAAUUUCUUCCGUGCAAGCUAUAAUUUUAAGUUCCCAGCUGAAAGAAAUGUUGGAGAAUGUCAAUUCUCAGGUCAUGUAUCAGGGGAUGUAUAAGCCAAUGAAGCUUGUCUACCACCCAAGAGAACCCUUUUAUGUCAUCAAACAGCCACGAAAAAUCACUGCAGUAUUCCCAAUGCGUUUUAAAGAACCUUCAGAUGUGAUUAUUGCAACAGCCUUUUUUCAGGAACUUGUGGAUGUGGGAAGUUCAGAAAAAUGGGCCAAAGCACCACCUUGCACCUGGUCUCCCAUUCCUCCACCAGAACUGCAAGGGGAACCUUUAGAAGAUUUGACCACCAAUGGGGGGUUUGUUUCUUUUGAUAUUUCAUCACGUCAUGUUGAAGGUAAAAAACUAGAUAAGACCGUAUGGGGUCUAUUAAACUUCUAUGCCUAUGUGAAAACACAUGUCAAGUGCACCAAAGGAUUCACACAGAGAAGGAUGCAAAAGCGUUUGGAGAGCUUGGUUGAGGUCCUGCAUAAGGAAAAACAGGAACAAGAUAAAGAUGUUAAAAGGGUUAAAGAAAAUGUAGGAAGCAAACAAGUUCAAAAACAGGUAAGGUUCCCAAGAUCUGCAAUGCUUAAACAAAGAUGCCGUGAGUUCGCCAAAAAGAUCAAGCAAAUUCGUUUUCGAAUUAAAAUACGAGGAUUUGGGCAUUUUCGGAGACGAUGGUUGAAAAUCCCAAAGUUCUCUUCUCCAAUGAAAUAUACUAAACUAGAAUAAUUUAUAUUCUAUAUUUAGAAGUUUGUUUGCAACUAAGAAAUGCAAAUGCAAUAUUUUGCCACUUGUGGACAUCAA